AUGUUUAUGACGAGAAGUGAAUACGAUCGAGGUGUCAACACCUUUUCGCCCGAAGGCCGUCUCUUUCAAGUUGAAUAUGCCAUCGAAGCUAUUAAAUUCGGUACAACAGCCAUUGGCAUAAUGACACAAGAAGGUGUUGUACUGGCUACAGAGAAACGUAUUACAUCGGUAUUGAUAGAACCACGCAGUAUUGAAAAGAUUGUCGAAAUUGAUGCACAUUGUGGCUGCGCGAUGUCCGGUUUAAUUGCUGAUGCGAAGACAUUGAUUGAUAAAGCACGUGUCGAAGCACAGAACCAUUGGUUUACACACAAUGAGCGAAUGACAAUCGAGUCGAUUACACAAUCUGUAUCAAAUAUGGCAUUGGCAUUCAGUGACGAUUCGGAAGAAGUUGCACCUAUUUCACGUCCAUUUGGCGUAGCACUUCUAUUUGCUGGUUGGGAUGAAAACGGUCCACAUCUAUUUCAUCUUGAUCCGUCGGGUACUUAUACAGAAUACGAUGCGAAAGCAAUCGGUUCUGGUAGCGAAGGUGCCGAUCAAACACUGCAAGAUGUAUAUCACAAAUCAAUGAAGUUACCGGAAGCUUGCAAGCAUAUUUUAACCAUUCUCAAACAAGUUAUGGAAGAAAAACUGAACGCUACAAAUGUCGAAAUGGCGACGGUCGAUGCACACGGUUAUCGCUUAUUUAAAAAAGAAGAAAUCGAUGAUAUUAUUAAGAAUAUGUAA